AUGCUUUUCUGUCAAAGGACACCAAGAAGACACUGGCUACUAACACUGUCACAGCAGGGAGGUGCAGUGUCAACAGGGCUCAAAGGCUGGAGGCGUCAUAAAGGGCGGGUGUGCCACGGGGGAGGAACUGAGGGGAAUGGCUGUCCUUGUGACCAGCCACCUGGAUUCUGUUACCUGACGUUGUCUGGAGGAGAAGCAAACCGUCUAACAGGAGGCAGCGAUGCAAGUUGUAGGAAGGUGCCCACCGAAUUGUGGCUUGCACAGGCAACAGAGCCCUGGCGCGAGGGCUGGCUGGGGACAGCGAAGCGAGGGACGCAGCUUUGUGGCCCCGCGUGCCUGCCAGUGUCGUCCCGGAGGCGGGGCCGCGCUCUAAACCCACAGGGCUGGGCGGGGCUGAAGAUAGGUUUCCAGACCAAUGUGAGGGGCUGCUCCCAGCAGGCGGUUUGGCCCCGGCAGCAGCUUAGCAUCUGGGCCACACCACGCGGGCUCCCAGCGCUGUCCACCGCCCCUCCAGGAACGCGCUGGCCUCUUCUGCUGCGUGUGGAAACAAGGGAAACCCGGCCUCAAAGACUCUCAUGGGAGAACACUUGCCAGCUAAUGGCCAGGACACGGCCCCCUCCAACACCUCCUGCCCCUCCGCUGUUGAACUUCACACCCAAGUUUAUGUCACUGCUCCGUGCCCAGGACCUCGGAUGGCACCAGCUGACAGUGGCAUCCCAUCUCUACAAUUUGAGGUUUCACCCAUAUUCACAAAGGACCAGGGGGUGCAGGACCUCCAACCCAGGCAUCCAUGUAGAUUAUCCAUUCUUAGAUUGUGUGAUAGCAUCAAAAAAGGAUGAAGACAGGGAGCUUUGCUCCAAUUGGCCCAGCUUGAUCCUGCACCUGGCCUGGGCCUCUCCAGAUGCCAGUGCUCAGUCCCACCACUGUGCUCCUGUGGGCUAG